AUUGUGUACUUCGCGCUCCGGCCAACGUGACCAUUGCUUUCAUCGCGAUUUAUUGACACGCUCGAUCGUUGAUCGGCAAUUUAACGGAAUGAGCAUACUUAAUCGACUGCCGCGUCUCGCUCGUUUUUCGAGCGUCCUCCGUGAAAAUGUUUCGCGUUUCUCCACACAGACCGACGAGCCGCCGAUACCCGUGAAUCUGGUCAAAGAUAAGUACAGCGCUAAUCUUCAAUCUAAGAACGGAGCGAUAUACGACAGGAAGCCGUUCAGGAUACGUCUCGAGGCCGGCAAAAAUUACUCGUGGUGUCUCUGCGGUCAGAGCAAGAGCCAGCCAUUGUGCGAUGGCACACACAAAAACAUUUUUCUCAAAAUCCCGUUUAGACCCAUACGUUUCGUCGUUGAGGAGACCAAAGAGUACUGGCUAUGCAACUGCAAGCAAACGUCAAACAGGCCCUUCUGCGACGGCACCCACAAAAGGCUGGAUAUCCAGGAGAAAAAGCGAUAGAGAUGUGGAAAAUUGCAUCAUUGCUAUGAGAGCAUCGUGAAAUUAUUUUACAUACAAUCACAUGUGCUAUAGACACAGAUACAUGCACAAGAGAGUGUAUAUAGUAUACAUGUAUCUAUGAUGGUCAUUGUUACAGUGUGCUAUUAUCAUAGAUAUUUUAAUAAAACAUUAUAGGCAUUUACCA